AUAAAGAAGGGAGGCGAGAAGAAAAAGGGCCGCUCUGCCAUCAAUGAAGUAGUUACUAGGGAGUAUACCAUCAAUAUUCACAAGCGGAUCCAUGGAAUUGGCUUUAAGAAACGCGCUCCCCGCGCUCUGAAGGAAAUCCGCAAAUUCACAAUAAAAGAAUUGCGUACUCCUGAUGUGCGCAUUGACACCAGGCUGAACAAAGCUGUGUGGGCCAAAGGGAUCAGAAAUGUUCCAUACCGUAUUUGUGUGCGCUUGUCCAGGAAGCAUAAUGCGGAUGAAGAUUCCCCCAACAAACUGUACACACUGGUCACAUAUGUGCCAGUUACUACAUACAAUGGUCUACAGACAGUCAAUGUUGAUGAAAAUUACAUUAAUUUUUCAUUGUUGAAAUAAAAAAGAAAAAAUUAAAAC